AUGGCGAGUACGUCUCUUCGUCGCAGUUCUCGACUGGUUUCUGCAGCAUGUACGGCGUCCACAAGCGGUCUUUCCACAACUGUUGUGCGUGCCGCGACGGUCAAAGAUGAAAGCCAAGCGAUAGCGGACAAACCUCCGAAACGCGUUCGGAAGAAGGCAGGAAGUACUACCGAGGUCAAGUCGGGGACCGCUGAAGCUGUGAAUGAAGUGGAAGAAUCACGUACAAAAUCCGUUAAACGCAAGAAGAAGAUUGAGGCUGUCGAGCCGAUGCCUGAGGACUUCGCACCGAGGGCACUCAACGAAUGGAAGAUAGGACCACACGUCUCGUCUGCAGGAGGCGUCGAGAAUUCUAUAGUGAAUGCUGCGACGAUUGGGGCGAACGCCUUUGCGCUGUUCCUCAAGUCACAAAGAAAGUGGGAGUCAUCGCCGUUCAGCGCACAGUCUGUGCUAUCAUUCAAAGAGCGCAUGAAGGCAUUUGGAUAUUCUCCAGAUCAUAUAUUACCUCACGGAAGCUACCUCGUCAACCUAGGAAAUCCGGACGAAGAUAAGAGGGAAAAAUCGUAUAGAUGCUUUUUGGAUGAUUUGAAGCGCUGCGAGGAGCUCGGGCUGCACCUGUAUAAUUUCCACCCAGGCUCGACGGUCGGUCAGGCGUCAACAGAAGACUCCUUGUCUCUAGUCGCUGCAUGUGUAAACAGAGCUCACAAGGAGACUGCCAACGUGGUCAUCGUGCUGGAGAAUAUGGCUGGAUCGGGCAACGUACUAGGUUCUAGCUUCGCAGAGCUCGGAAGUGUCAUCCGCCAGGUAGAAGACAAGUCUCGCGUUGGCGUUUGCUUGGAUACAUGCCAUAUGUUUGCCGCAGGAUACGAUAUUCGGACGAAAGAGGGCUGGGAAUCGACCAUGGCCGAGUUCGAGCGAGAUGUCGGGAUACAGUACCUUCGUGGUAUGCAUAUAAACGACUCCAAGGGGGAUCUCAAGAGCAACAAGGAUCGGCACGAGAACAUCGGGCUGGGAUAUCUGUCCUUGACGACCUUCGCGCACAUCCUGACGGACCCGCGCACGCAGAACCUUCCGCUGAUCCUCGAGACGCCUGCAUACGACGUCCCCGGCACCGAGAACGGCAUGGACGUCUGGAAGAAAGAAGUGGAGGUACUCAAUAAGCUUUCUAUGACGGAAGAGCGACGAGGAGAGCAGCAGUUGAAGGGGUGGGCAGACGAGAUCGCGGACGUGGUGAAGAAGGCGAGUGCAGGGAAAGAUGCGAAGGGGAAGCGGAAGCUCGAGAACACGCAGACGGGGAAGAGGAAGCGAGUAAAACGAUCGAAGAAGAGUAUGGCGGAUGAAGAUGAAGACGAUGAGGACUAUGGCGCUGGCGAAGACGAAUAG